AUGGCGCCACGCAAGAUCCCAGUGUCAGAGAUCUCAGCCCACAAUACAGACACCGACUGCUGGAUAGUCGUGGAUGAUCAAAUAUGGGACAUCACCAAAUUCGCCCCCGAACACCCUGGCGGUCCAGGGAUAAUAUACAAGUACGCUGGUCGAGACGCCACUCAAGCAUACAAUGAGAUACACUCUCCAGCGAUCAUCAGAAAUAACCUUCCAGCAGAUGCCCUCAAAGGAGUGCUGGACAGGUCAACAAUAACGCAAGAAUGGUCGAGGCCACCUCCUACAGAGGCGCCCAAAUCCAAGUCUGCUUCUACAUCAGAAAAGCCACCGUUGGAUUCACUCAUAAAUGCCCACGACUACGAGCUCGCCGCUCGGAACAGCGCCACUGCAAAGACAUGGGCUUUCUACUCCUCCGCAGCCAACGAUCUGAUCACGAAGGACCUCAAUGCUAGUCUGUUCAGCCGCGUGCUCUUUCGCCCACGCGUAAUGCGUCGUGUGGGCACGAUCUGCACUGAGACCAAUAUCUUGGGCUAUCCCGUCUCCUUCCCACUGAUGGUUUCUCCCGCCGCAAUGGCGCGCUUGAUCCACCCAGAUGGCGAACUCGCCAUUGCACGGGCCGCAAAGGAGAAGACAAUCGUUCAAUGCAUCUCCAACAAUGCCAGCUAUUCUGCCAGCGAAAUCGUCUCCCAGCCUGCCGUCUCGGACUAUCCAUUUUUCUUCCAGCUCUACGUCAACCGGGAGCGUCACAAAUCCGAACAGCUCAUUCGCAAAAUCCACCAGCACAAGAACAUUCGCGCGAUAUUCGUGACGACUGAUGCCGCUGCGGCGGGUAAAAGGGAGGCGGACGAGCGUGUCAAAGCUGACGAAACGAUCCAAAACCCAAUGAUGACCACCAAGGCCAAGAAUGACAAGAAAGGAGGCGGGUACGGGCGACUUAUGGGCAAUUUCAUCGACCCAAAUUUGAAUUGGGAUGACAUUGCCUGGUUGCGUUCUCAGACCAAAUUGCCGCUCUUGUUGAAAGGGAUCAUGUCCGCGGACGACGUGCGGCUGGCUCUGGACUACGGUCUCGAGGGCGUGGUGCUGUCAAACCACGGGGGGAGGAACCUGGACACGUCUCCUCCAGCUCUGCUUGUUCUGCUCGAAAUCCACGCACGCUACCCGGAAAUCAUCACGCAGCACCACCCGUCCUCCCCGGCCGUACUCGCAGGCCAAUCGAGACCUUUCAGCAUCUUCGUCGACGGUGGCAUCCGGCGCGGCAGCGACAUCCUCAAAGUGGUCUGCCUGGGCGCCGUAGCCGCGGGGAUUGGGCGACCCGCCCUCUUCGCCACGGGGUACGGUCAGGAAGGUGUCGACCAGUUGAUCGACAUCCUCAAGGAUGAGUUCGAAGUCGCCAUGCGCAACAUCGGCGUCACCAGCCUCCAAGAGUGCGGGCCUCAAUACGUCAACACGGGCGCCAUUGAUCGGUUGGUGGUGAAAAGACGCGACCACCCUUACGCAGUGGCGUGGACGCCAGAGACGCAAAGUGUCGGUAGAAACAGUCUCUUCGGCACAGGCAGAGAGAGCAAGCUGUAG